CCCGGGGCGGGCUCGGGUGGUGCAGCCGCCCAGGCCGGCGUCAUGCUGCGCGCGUUCGUCACGAGCUCGCUCCUGAGCUUCACGGGCGUCGCACUCGUCCAGCCGUUCGAGGUCGGCAAGACGCUCGCCCAGGUGCAGUGGGUCCCGCGCGGCGAGGAGGCGGCCCAACUUGGGUGGGACGCCGCCGACAACAUCGCGGACGAGGGCGCCGAGAUCGAGGACGAGGGCGACGCCGAGGCCUACUUCGAGGACCUGCGCGCCGCCUCGGGCCCGUCGUUCCAGCCUCCCGGCGGCUCAUUCCUCGCGCCGCCGCGCCCGACGAGCCCAGGAGGCUACCUCACGCGCGGCGGCGUCGUCGGCGCCGACUCGGCCCUCGGCACGCGGCCCGAGUGGAUCAUGCCCAUCGUCGUCCAGGGCGGCGUGUGGGACAUGAUCAAGGCGGUGGGCAGGUGGAAGGGCGAGGGCUGGGCGAGCUUGUGGAAGGGCCAGCUCACGACCUGCGUCCUCGACAGCCUGACGACGGCCAUCCAGCCCUUCUUCCUCGCCGCCAUGACGGCCGCCCUCCUCCCCUCGUCGUCGUUCAGCGCCCUCCCGCUCAUCUACGCCCCGAAACCCGGCCCGCUCCUCAUCCUCACGACCCUGUCGCACACCGUGACGACCUUCCUCCUGUCGCCGCUCGACCUCGUUCGGACACGUCUCAUCGUCCAGAGCGCCCAGCCCCAGCACCGCAAGUACAAGGGCCCGCUGCACGCCCUGCGCACCAUCGUCGAGGAGGAGGGCGGCCUGUGGACGACCUACUUUCACCCCAACCUCCUGUUCCCGGCGCUCCUCGAGGGCGUCGUCCGCCCGCUCAUCCACCUGUCGACGCCCCUCAUCAUCUCGCGGUACCUCCACAUCGAGCCGUCGUCGUCGCCGCUCACGUUCGGCCUCGCCGAGCUCGUCCUCGGCACCGCCGGCCUCCUCGUCACCCUCCCGCUCGAGACGGUCCGCAAGCGCCUCCAGCUCCAGUCGCGCGCCGCGUUCGUCCGUGCGGGUCGCGCAGGCGGCGUCGGGCGCGCGUGGCGCACGUGCGUCGAGACGCGGCCUCAGCCGUACGCCGGCGUCGUCGAGGCCGUGUACCGCAUCCUCACCGAGGAGACGGGCAAGAUCCCGCGCCGCCGCCGCCGUCGUCGCUCGAGUGCGGCACCGGGCACGCCCGGGCUCGGUGGCGCGCCCGGCGGCCUGCGCCAGCUGUACCGCGGGUUCGGCAUGGGCGUCGGCGCCAACGCCGUCGUCUUCUUGCUCGCGCUCAUCGCCGGCGGCGAGGAGGCGUCGGGCUGGGCCGAGAUGUAGAGCGGGUCGUCGCCGUCGUCGAGGAGAGUCUCGUUUCGCGUUUCUGGCCUCGGUCCCUUCCCUUUUUUUGUCGGACGCUCCCCUUGUCAAUGAUACACACCGUUCCGUGUCG